AUGUUCUCCAGCACCUCUUCGUUGUUCUUCGCAAUCGUUGCAUCCACGAUCUUUGCGGCCGCCAUGCCCGGAGGUGCACCCCCGACCAAGACUGCGACCCCGCCAAAGACUGUGACUGUUACCAAGGUUAGUUGCAGCCGUACGAUGUUCACAGAACAAGUACUGAAUGUAAUCAUUUUAUUGCAGACAGCAACUGUGACUGCAACUGCUAUUCCCGCCUCGGGGUGCAACGCCGGCGAUGUCCAAUGCUGCAAAAGUGUCCAGAAGGCUGAUUCCGCCGGCGGCGCCGCUCUCCUCGGUCUACUCGGCAUAGUCCUCAGCAACCUUGAUGUGUUUAUAGGUGGCGAUUGCUCGCCCAUCACCGCUAUCGGUGUCGGUGGUACUUCCUGCAGCUCGCAAGCCGUCUGUUGCGAAAACAAUUCUUUCAAUGGACUAAUUGCGCUUGGCUGCGUUCCCAUCAACCUCAGCCUCUAA